AUGUCUGGCCGACGAGCAUCAGGAUAUGUCAUUCAAGCCUUAGACGGGUCCUCGUCAUUACAUUUACCUACCUUGAUAGAGUGUAAUGAGAUUCCAAAUGUGCGAGAGGAGAUCCCUACUCCAGAAACAGCUAUUCAUCAUCCUCACUUAAGGGACAUUGCUGAGUACAUCCCACCUAUUGAUUCAGGUGCAGACAUUCUGUUGCUCAUAGGACGUGACCUGCUAGCAGCUCAUCAUGUACUUGAUCACCGCAUUGGACUGCCUGAUGCACCGUAUGCCCAGAAGUUGCACCUUGGCUGGGCAAUAAUUGGGGAAGUCUGUCUCGGGCAGGUACACAAACCGGAUGUGGUAAUAGUUAACAAGACUCACAUGCUCAGGGAUGGUCGAACAACAAUCAUGGAGCCCUGUCCUAAUAAUUUUGAAGUGAACGAGAGAAAUGACUUUGAGGAGAGUGUCUUUCAGAAAACAAGACUUGACGAAACGCAGACUUUGUCUAUUGAAGACAAGCAAUUCCUGAGGAUUAUGGAUGCUGAAUUCUCAAAGGAUAGUGAUGGCUGUUGGACUGCUCCACUACCAUUUCGACAAGAUCGUGCCAGGCUGCCAUGCAACAAAUUCCAUGCCAUUCAUCGAGCAAAACUAUUGGACUCCAGCAUGUGCAAAGAUCAAACAAAGCGAGAACAUAUGACAACAUUCAUGGUGAAAGUCAUAGACAAGGGACAUGCAGAAAUAGCCCCUCCAUUGGAAAAGGAUCAAGAGUGUUGGUACUUGCCCUUGUUUGGUGUUUACAAUGCCAAGAAACCAGGACAAAUCAGGGGUGUAUUUGAUUCAUCUGCGAAGUACAAUGGCGUCUCUCUGAACAGUGUCCUAAUGACUGGUCCUGACCUCACAAACAAUCUGUUGGGAAUCCUUCUCAGGUUCCGAACAGAAUCCUUUGCAGUGACGGCAGAUGUGGAGCAAAUGUUUUACUGCUUCAAGGUGAAGCCAUCUCAUCGUGACUACCUCAGAUUCUUCUGGUACAGAAAUAAUGAUCCAAGCCAAGACUUGAUUGAGUACAGAAUGACUGCUCAUGUGUUUGGGAAUUCACCCUCUCCUGCAGUCGCUACCUAUGGUCUCAGACGAUCAGUGGAAAAUGCUGACGUUGAUGUGAAAUGGUUCGUUGAGAAUGACUUUUAUGUUGAUGACGGACUGCUGUCCGUCCCAACAGAGGAAAAAGCCAUCGAUCUGAUUCAGAGAACCCAGAGUGCGCUCCAACAUGGGGGUAACAUAAGACUACACAAGAUAGCCUCCAACAGUCGAACUGUGCUAGCUGCGUUUGAUGCAGAGGACCUCGCCAAGGACAUCAAGGACUUGGACUUCAACACAACCACUCCUCCACCUCAAAGAAGCCUUGGCCUAUCCUGGGAUAUUAACAAAGACACUUUCACCUUCCAAGUCUGUGCCGAGAGGAAGCCCUUCACCAGGCGCGGGGUAUUGUCUACCAUAAACAGCCUCUACGACCCUGUGGGCUUUGCAGCACCAGUUGUCAUCAAAGAGAAACUGUUGCUUAGGGAACUAAUGUCAACAACCUCUGGUUGGGAUGACCCCCUUCCCUCUUCUUACUUAUCUCAGUGGCAGAACUGGUGUGACUCCCUCAAGAAUCUUGAAAAUGUUGUCAUCCCAAGACCUUAUUCAAAAAUCUGA